UGUAGUCCAUUGUAUUGUCGUAAUAUUGUACAAAGUGCAAUAAUAGUGUUCAUUUAUCUAAAUAACAGAAUCUUUUUAAUAUUGUCGUGUGCGAUAUUAUAUUACUUUUUACAUAUAGUUUAUAAUUCGGUGACAAUAGAUUAUGUCUGACGAAAAAAUAUUGAAAACGAACAUGGAAACGAACUCGUCUUCCAAGGAAGCUACGACGCAACAAGUAAACAAUGUGGAAAUGCCAUCACGAUCUAGAGGUGGUCGAGGUUCGAGACAAAGAGCAGUGGACAACAUAACCAAAAAAUUUCUUCGAAAUUUUGAUCCUGAACGUAGCGAAAGAGAAAAACGUAAAUUACACCGUCGUUUGUAUCAAGGAAGUAAACGUCACACCUUGUACAAUGAUGAAGGUAUUUGGGUUAUAACCGGAGACAAUUUAUGCGAUUGUUUAAGUUUGGAAUGUGCGGGAUGUCACUUUCCAUGUCCUAAAUGUUCCUCUUCAAAGUGUGGCCACGAGUGCAGGAUCAAUCGCAAGUGGACUUACGAUACGAUCGAAAACGAGGGCAGUGACGUCACAAAGAAAAAUCCAGUACUCAAAGAAACCUAAAUAAACGAGAUUUGUCCUUAAUUUUUUUUCCUUUCUAAUCAACGAACGUUCGUCAGCUUCGUUUUCUACGUAAUACAUCUGUGAUAUCGAGUAAUAAUAAAUGAAUAAAAUGUCUGUAUAUAUUUGUAAAAAAUAAGAAAGUUGUAUAAGAAAGAA